UACCAUAUUCAUAGUACAUUUUUUAGACAUGUCGGUCGUACAACUAAAGGACUACGUUGAUUGACGCGAGAAUAGUUAUUUUAUUAUAAAAUAUACAAUUGACCGCUUGUUCUACGUAUUAAGUUUGAUAUUUACACGAAAGUUUAAAAUUGUUAAAUUAUUCCAUUGACAACCGGUUUCGUAUGACGGAACAGUGCAGCUAACCUAUGUAUCUGGGCAAUCUAUAUUCUUUCUUGUAAUUUGUGGUUCAACUUCUUCAACUGGCGAUAAAUGAAAGUGUUGUUUACAUUCCGUGAAGUGUAUGGUGUGCGAAUAUUGUGCGUAGCGUGUGUUGACCGUCUGGGAAUGUGUUUGUGUUUCUAAUAUGAAGGCGCCGACCGUUCUGUGUAUAAAAUGUGUAUAAAUGAUUAUAAUUUAAUUAAUAAGUGUUUUUGUGGUGUGUGUGCUCGGAUGUUGCCGUAGGAUUGCCAUGUCCAGGCUCGUGGACUACUUCGUUAUUGUGGGAUUCGACCACGAGAAAGAAAGAGGCGGCCUGAACAGCGGCGUUGUGCUCCAACGAUUCCCCGAGACAAACUGGGACGACGUACCAUUCCACGAGGGCAUAGGAUGGUUCUGCCAACCGCAAGGAUGGGCCCUGUCCACGGAGCGGUCGGAGCCGCGCUUCUACGUGUCGGUGCUGACCGACGUGGACGCGAACCGGCACUACUGCGCAUGUCUCUGCUUCAACGAAACCGUUGCCAUCACACCCACCAAGCCAGCGGACGAGGACGAGGAGUCGCUGGAGUCGUCGAGGCCGGUGUCGAACAUCACCCACCACAGCAUCAUGUACGCGCCCAAGUGUCUCGUCAUCGUGUCGCGGCAGGACUACAUCGACACCUUCAGAAAUUGCCUAGGCAUAAUCUACACAGUAUGGGUGGAGAACUUGGGCGUGCCACUGGAGACGCUGGUGGGUAACCUGCUGGGCGGCGUGCUGGUGCCGGAGCCGGGCGGGCCGCAGGUGCGGUUCAGCAUCGGCGCCGGCGACCGGCAGGCGCUGCAGCCGCCCGCCGCGCCGCCGAUGCCCAUCACCCACACCUCCGUGUAUAUGCUGCUUAGGUUGUUAGGCAUCCACAACGCGGUGACGCUGUGGUGCGCGGUGAUGAGCGAGCACAAGGUGCUGGUGGUGUCGCUGGCGGCGGCGCGGCUGGCGGCGGCGUGCCGCGCGCUGGCGGCGCUGAUGUUCCCGUUCCGGUACGCGCACGUGUACAUCCCGCUGCUGCCCGCCGGCCUCAGCGAGGUGCUGGCCACGCCCACGCCCUUCCUCAUCGGCGUGCACUCCAGUCUCAAGGAGGAGGUGUCCGAGCUGUUGGACGUGAUCGUAGCGGAUCUAGACGUAGGCUCUCUUCACAUACCGGCCGGUGUCAACAUCCCCCGACCUGAAGGCAAGCUGUUAUCAUCAUUACAAGACGCCCUGGCCCUGGUGCUACAGCCGGAGCUUCGGUCCGCGGACUCGGCCUUCGCCCCGCCUCCGCCCUCCGCCUCGCCACCUCACAUGCUCGAUAAGGAGAUCAGGGCGGUGUUCAUGAGGACCUUGGCUAAAUUGCUGCAAGGGUAUAGGCAUUGUCUGACAAUAAUCCGCAUCCAUCCAUCUCCGGUUCUGACAUUCCACAAACUCGGGUUCCUGGGGAGCCGGGGACUGUCGCAGUGUCCCUUCGCGGUUCGCCUGUUAGACUCCAUGUUCUUCAACGGGUUGGUGGCGGAGCGAGGUCCCCCGUGGAGAUCCACUGACAUUUUCGACGAUCUUGUACAAAAUCUUCCGGAGCAGUUGAGGCUAGAAUCAUUAAAUCCAGAAUUAGAAUUACAACACAUACAGGACUUAGCUAUGCAGUUACAUCUAAAUGAAAAUCCAAAUCCUCAGGCGUUCCAGCAGCGCGUGCUGCGGCCGCCGGCGGGCGCGUCGGGGCGCGUGCACCAGCCGCCGCUGCCCGCGCUCGACGCGCGCGCCGUCACGCACGUGCUGCACGACCUCGCCGCCAGGACCGGCAACGAGCACAAAUUAACAGCAUUAAGGCCACCGCAGCCAAGAAUAGUACCUUUAUCAGCGCCACCGACCGGCGCCAGCGAAUAUGGGCAGCUUUUACUAACAAAUUCCGCCAGAAGAUUAGAGGUGCUGAGCGGGUGCGUGGCGGCGCUGUUCGAGUGUCGGUACGCGGACGCGCGCAAGUCGCUGGCGGGCGUGGUGCGCGCGCUGCGGGCGCCGGCCGCGCGCGCCGCGCUCACCCGCGACCUCGCGCGCCGCCUGCCCGCGCCCAAGCACCUGCUGCACCACCACCAGUUCGAGCUGCUCGUCAGGUAACACCACUCACCUGACCCCUGUCCUGUUCGAGUGUCGGUACGGACGCGCGCAAGUCGCUGGCGGGCGUGGUGCGCGCGCUGCGGGCGCCGGCCGCGCGCGCCGCGCUCACCCGCGACCUCGCGCGCCGCCUGCCCGCGCCCAAGCACCUGCUGCACCACCACCAGUUCGAGCUGCUCGUCAGGUAACACCACUCACCUGACC